AAUAACCGACCUAACAAACUUCGGUCUCCGAGUCAACUCUCUCGUCACACCUUUUUUGACCGAGUCACCAACUCGCUCAUUCUUCAUACACACACCUCCAAUCGUCUGCAACACAAAUCAUCAACAAAAUACAAAAUCUCCAACUCAAAUUCACACUCAACUGUACAUUAAUUCCACAAUUCACCUCAUCAAUUCGAUCAUUUCACUCUCAAUUUCAAUUUAACGGUUAUUUUAGGGGUUUGAGUGAGUUUCACCUUCUAAUUUAGGGUUUUGAGUUCCAGAUUUGCGAAUUUGUGAAUUUUUUCAACAUGAUGGUGUCCAGAGGGCUGUUCGGGUGGUCGCCGCCGCACGUACAGCCGUUAACGCCGGUAUCGGAGGUGUCAGAGCCGCCGGAGUCGCCGUCGCCGUAUGCGGACGUAGGUAACGAUGCGGUACCGGUUGAAGCGGAGGAGGAAAUGGAGGAGAUGGAGGAGAUCGAGCCGCCUCCGGCUGCUGUGCCUUUUUCGAAACUGUUUGUGUAUGCUGAUAGGGUUGAUUGGGUGCUUAUGGUGGUUGGAUCGGUCGCUGCGGCGGCUCACGGGACUGCGUUGGUGAUUUAUUUGCAUUAUUUCGCGAAGAUUGUUCAGUUGCUUGUUCAUGUUGAUGAAGAUGCUGAUGUGCUGUUUGAUAGGUUUAAAGAGCUUGCUCUCACCCUUGUCUAUAUUGCUGGUGGUGUUUUCGUAGCUGGUUGGAUAGAGGUUUCAUGUUGGAUUCUUACCGGAGAAAGGCAGACUGCUGUAAUCAGGUCAAGAUAUGUUCAAGUACUACUUAAUCAAGACAUGAGUUUCUUCGACACUUACGGAAACAAUGGAGAUAUCGUGAGCCAAGUUUUGAGUGACGUAUUGCUUAUCCAAUCCGCCCUUAGUGAAAAAGUUGGAAAUUAUAUUCAUAACAUGGCUACGUUCUUUGGUGGUCUCGCAAUUGGAUUUAUUAAUUGUUGGCAAAUUGCACUCAUCACUUUAGCCACUGGUCCUUUUAUUGUGGCUGCAGGUGGAAUAUCGAAUAUAUUUCUUCAUCGGCUUGCGGAGUAUAUUCAAGAUGCAUACGCUGAAGCAGCUGGUGUUGCUGAACAGGCAGUUUCAUAUGUUAAGACCUUAUACGCUUUUACAAAUGAAACAUUAGCAAAAUAUUCUUACGCAGCUUCACUACAAGCUACACUAAAAUACGGUGUAUCAAUUAGUCUUGUGCAAGGACUUGGGCUUGGAUUCACAUACGGGCUUGCAAUUUGCUCUUGUGCCUUGCAACUCUACGUUGGAAGGUUUUUGGUUACACAUCGAAAAGCUCACGGUGGAGAAAUUGUUACUGCAUUGUUCGCUAUCAUUUUAAGUGGCCUUGGACUCAAUCAAGCUGCAACCAACUUUUAUUCAUUUGAGCAAGGGAGAAUUGCUGCGUAUAGACUUUUUGAGAUGAUUAGCCGUUCAUCAUCCACCGUUGAUCAUAAUGGAAAAACACUUGCUACUAUCCAAGGGAACAUUGAGUUUAGAAACGUGUAUUUCAGUUACUUGUCGCGUCCCGAGAUUCCUAUUCUAAGUGGGUUUUACCUAACCGUCCCCUCCAAAAAAACAGUCGCACUUGUAGGUAGAAAUGGCUCCGGUAAAAGUAGCAUUAUACCCCUUAUGGAACGGUUCUACGACCCUACUUUAGGCGAAGUUCUUUUGGAUGGGGAGAAUAUAAAAAACUUGAAUCUAGAAUGGCUUAGAAGUCAAAUUGGGUUAGUCACUCAGGAACCUGCAUUACUAAGCCUGAGUAUCCGCGAAAAUAUCGCGUACGGCAGAGACUCCACAUCGCUUCAAAUCGAAGAUGCUGCUAAAAUUGCUCAUGCACAUACAUUUAUCACCUCACUCGAGAAAGGAUAUGAUACACAGGUAGGUAGGGCUGGUUUAUCGUUGACAGAAGAGCAGAAAAUACGGCUUUCUGUUGCUAGGGCGGUGCUUUUGAACCCGUCUAUUCUUCUUCUUGAUGAAGUCACCGGUGGACUCGACUUUGAAGCUGAAAGAUCUGUUCAGGAGGCGUUGGAUCUCUUGAUGUUAGGCAGAUCAACGAUCAUAAUUGCUCGCAGGCUUUCUUUGAUAAAGAAUGCUGAUUUUAUUGCUGUUAUGGAAGAUGGUCAGUUAAUGGAGAUUGGAACACACGAUGAGCUAAUAGCCUCUGACGGGCUUUAUGCUGAGCUUUUAAGAUGUGAAGAAGCUGCUAAACUCCCGCGAAGGAUGCCGGUGAGAAACCACAACAAGAUUACAACUUUCCAACUUGAAAAAGAUUCUUCAAAAAGCCAAAGCUUCCAAGAACCAACAUCUCCAAAAUUCGCCAAAUCACCAUCACUUCAGCGGGCUUCUAACUUGAACGCAUCAAGGUCUCACGAUUCUACUUACGGGUCCCACGAAUCACCGAGAAAUCCAACCGCUACUGAAAAAGAAAACGGUUUGGCGUUAGAUGUAACAGACAAAGAACCGUCGAUAAAAAGGCAAGAUAGUUUUGAAAAAAGAUUACCGGAUUUACCAAAACUUGACAUUCAUGCUAUCCGUAGACAAACAUCGCACGGAUCAAAUCCCGAAUCACCGAUCUCACCGCUUUUGACAUCUGAUCCGCAAAGUGAACGUUCACAUUCACAAACGUACAGUCGACCUAAUUCUCAGCUUACCGAUAAACCAAACCGGGCUCAACCCGUGAAGGAAAAACAACAUAAAAAAGAGCCGUCAAUUUGGCGACUCAUAGAGUUGAGUUUAGCUGAAUGGUUUUAUGCUGUUUUAGGAAGCACUGGUGCUGCAAUAUUUGGUUCUUUUAACCCGCUUCUUGCGUAUGUGAUUGCGCUGAUAGUGACAGCAUAUUAUAGAAAUGAAAUCAACAGGCGUGUUAACAUACGUGAUGAUGUGGACAAGUGGUGUUUAAUCAUUGCCUGCAUGGGUGUUGUGACUGUAAUUGCCAACUUUUUGCAGCACUUUUACUUUGGGAUUAUGGGGGAGAAGAUGACAGAACGUGUUAGGAGAAUGAUGUUUUCCGCAAUGUUACGCAAUGAAGUUGGAUGGUUUGACGAAGAAGAAAACAGUGUUGAUACCUUAUCCAUGCGAUUAGCAAACGAUGCAACGUUUGUGAGAGCGGCUUUCAGUAACCGGCUUUCUAUUUUGGUUCAAGACUGCUCAGCGGUUAUUGUUGCAAUAGUAAUAGGAAUGCUUUUACACUGGCGUUUGGCUCUUGUGGCUUUAGCCACACUGCCAGUUCUCACUCUUUCUGCCAUUGCUCAGAAAUUAUGGCUAGCUGGAUUUUCAAAGGGAAUACAGGAAAUGCACAGGAAAGCAUCAUUGGUUCUUGAGGAUGCGGUUAGAAAUAUCUACACGGUGGUUGCGUUUUGUGCUGGUAAUAAAGUUAUGGAGCUUUACCGAUUGCAGUUACACAAGAUAUUUUAUCGGAGUUUCUUUCACGGCCUGGCUAUCGGUUUUGCAUUCGGGUUUUCACAGUUUCUUCUUUUCGCAUGCAAUGCGGUUCUUUUAUGGUAUGCCGCACUAUGCGUUAAAAACCGUUAUACAGAUCUCCCAACCGCCCUUAAAGAAUACAUGGUAUUUUCUUUUGCCACUUUUGCCCUUGUGGAACCAUUCGGUUUAGCUCCAUAUAUUCUCAAAAGAAGAAAAUCGUUAAUAUCUGUUUUCGAAAUAAUCGAUAGAAUACCAAAAAUUGAGCCGGAUGAUGCUGCUGGUAUAAAACCUCCAAAUGUUUACGGAAGCAUUGAGUUGAAAAACGUUGACUUUUGUUACCCGACUCGCCCGGAAGUUCUCGUACUGAGCAACUUUAGUCUCAAAGUCACUGGUGGUCAAACGGUGGCGGUUGUUGGUGUUUCGGGAUCCGGAAAAAGCACGAUAAUAUCGUUAAUAGAACGAUUCUACGAUCCAGUUGCUGGUCAGGUGAUGUUAGACGGUCGAGAUUUAAAGCAGUUUAAUUUACGGUGGUUGAGAAACAACCUUGGUAUUGUUCAACAAGAACCCAUAAUCUUUUCCACAACGAUUCGCGAAAAUAUCAUAUACGCAAGACAUAACGCCAGCGAGGCGGAAAUCAAAGAAGCUGCGAGAAUAGCAAACGCUCAUCAUUUCAUCAGCAACUUACCACAUGGGUAUGAUACCCACGUGGGAAUGAGGGAUGUGGAUUUAACCCCGGGUCAGAAACAGAGGAUUGCGAUUGCUCGGGUUGUUUUGAAAAACGCGCCCAUUUUAUUGUUGGAUGAAGCCAGCUCAUCGAUCGAGUCGGAGUCUAGUCGGGUGGUUCAAGAGGCCCUUGAUACGUUAGUCAUCGGAAAUAAAACAACCGUUCUUAUCGCUCAUAGGGCUUCUAUGAUGAGACAUGUUGACAACAUUGUUGUUCUUAACGGUGGUCGGAUUGUUGAGGACGGGAAUCAUGAUUCUUUAAUGGCGAAAAAUGGGUUGUAUGUUCGGUUAAUGCAACCUCAUUUUGGAAAGGGUAUACGUCAGCAUAGACUUAUAUAGAACGACUGGAUAUAAAUAUAUAAUACACACGAUUUGUUAAAUUCACUUGUAAUGUCAGUCAUCUGCAGUCGAUGGUGGAAAGUGGCGGCAGGUGGCGGUGAUGACGGUGGAUUUGGGCUUUUAAGGGAUUUAGAUCUUGGUGCAGAGGUCAGAUUGCAUAUUAUUCUUUUGUUGAUCAUAGAAUUUAGUGUGAAGUUGCUUGUUAUCCUAUUCUUUUCAUUGUGUGUUUCUCCAUUACUCGACGGUUUUGUAUAUUUGUACAUCCUGAUCAAAUUUGUGAUAGUUCACGAGGCGUAAAUGCGUAAUCCUUUUUGUA